UUCAAAAUGGCGUCAACUAUUCUGAGGGUGACCUCUUCGGUUACAAAACUGCUGCCAAGGGCCUCACAGAUAAGGCUUGUGUCCCGGCGUUUCAAAUCUCAGGCUGCCUCUUUGGAACAGACCUUGCUGAACAUCCCCGAGACGCGGGUAACCACGCUCAGUAAUGGCCUCCGGGUAGCAACAGAAGAUUCUGGUAUUCCGAGUUGUACGGUUGGGCUGUGGAUUGAUGCUGGCAGCCGAUUUGAAAAUGAGAAAAAUAAUGGAACGGCUCAUUUCUUGGAGCAUAUGGCAUUCAAGGGCACAGCCAAGAGGACCCAGACAGCUUUAGAAAUGGAAGUGGAGGACAUGGGUGCCCACCUGAAUGCCUACACCUCCAGAGAACAGACUGUGUACUACGCUAAAGCAUUGUCAAAGGAUCUGCCAAACGCUGUUGAGAUUUUGUCUGACAUCACCAUGAACAGCACCCUGGGCGAGCAAGAAAUUGAGCGCGAACGAGGUGUCAUUCUUAGGGAAAUGCAGGAAAUUGAGACUAACCUACAAGAAGUCAUCUUUGACCAUCUCCAUGCCACAGCAUAUCAAGGAACAGCUCUUGGUAGGACCAUACUGGGGCCCACCGAGAAUAUCAAGUCGAUCAACCGCCAAGACUUAGUCAACUACAUCAGCAGCCAUUACAAGGGUCCGAGGAUUGUCUUAUCAGCAGCCGGUGGUGUCCAGCAUGAGGCGUUGGUCAAGCUAGCGGAGCAGUACUUUGGUGGUCUCAGCAUGAACUACGACUCUGAGAUCCCAAUCCUUCCUCCUUGUAGAUUCACUGGAAGUGAGAUCAGGAUCCGAGAUGACAGCAUGCCACUGGCUCAUGUUGCCAUCGCGGUUGAGGGAUGCGGUUGGGCCGAUGCAGACAACAUCCCACUGAUGGUGGCCAACACUCUGAUCGGAAGCUGGGAUCGUGCCCAUGGAGGCGGUAGCAACCUCGCCAGCAAACUAGCUGCAAAUUGCGCUCAGGGAAAUCUCUGCCAUAGCUUCCAGUCAUUCAACACUUGCUACACUGACACUGGCCUCUGGGGUAUCUACUUCAUCUCUGAUAAGCUCCAGAUUGAAGACAUGCUCUUCCAAGUACAAUCAGAGUGGAUGCGUCUUUGCUCCAAUGUGACAGACUUCGAGGUGCAGCGAGCCAAGAAUCUGUUGAAGACGAACAUGUUCCAGCAGUUGGACGGCUCGACUCCAAUCUGUGAGGAUAUUGGAAGACAAAUGUUGUGUUACGGGCGUCGUAUCCCUGUUCAUGAGCUGGAAGCUAGAAUUGACGCUGUUAACACCAAGACUGUGCGUGAUGUGUGCCUCAAGUAUAUCUAUGACCAGUGUCCAGCCGUGGCAGGCAUUGGUCCAGUGGAGCAACUUCCCGACUACAACAGAAUCCGCAGCAGUAUGUACUGGCUACGAUUAUAAUGAAUUGAACUCAUAGGCAGAACAUUGUAGGAAAUUCUAAUCAAUCACAUAAGGACGGAAGCUACGAGUAUUCAGUGACUUGCCCAAAAAAUGGUGAUUACCUUUGCGUUCAAAGGACAAUUUUACUUGGUAAAAUCACUACCGUGACAUCAAGCAAUGUAAAAAAAACAACAGUUGUGGAGACUACGGUUAUUUAUUCUUGAAGAGGAUUUCUAUAAUGGAUGACUUGUACCCAUUUGAUCUGUGCAGCCUCAGUAACAAUGUGAAAUUGUGAAUGUCCCCUCUCACUUUGGACAUGAAACAUUGUAAAUACACACCCAAUGUGAUGUUAAAGGUGAGUUGAAGCAAGUUCAGAUUGUCUAUACCUGGUUGUAAUAAAGACCAAUAGCUAGGUGUUGAACAGCACUGAGUUAGUGCAAGGUGUAUUGUGUGUGGAAUAAAUUUGUUUAUUGUAUA